UAGACAGCUGUCUACGUUGAAGGUAUAAUCUGUGAAAUGUAAAGGUUGUAAACAAAGAGCACAACAUAACCUCUAUUUUCGUCGAAUCUUGUGGUCUAUUUUGAAGUUGAAAUAUUAUAAAACAUGAUUUUAAAUUAAUACCCUUAAGUUGUUUCCUUACUGUGAAGCUACCGAUUAAUUUACUGUACACUGUUACUUCAUUUUUGAUAGAAAAAUGUCGCGUCAGAUGGGAAGAGUUGUUUCAUCAAUUUUGGAAAGACAUUUUGGUGAAAUUGUGCAGAAAGUGGGUGAUGACUUAUUUAGUUAUGGCGGUAGGCCCAUCGGCAUGCUUGUGAGGCAUACAGGACUUCCUCGAAACCAGGUGGUAGACAGUCUUCGCACACUACUCAAGUUUGACUUGGCAACAUUUGAACCAUACAAUGAUGUGGUUGUAGACUACAAGCUGCUACCUGAAAAUGUUCUCUUAAUGAUUCGAUACCCCAGAUACCUGUUACAAAUGAAGAGCAAGUAUGGGAGUGAGGCGGAGAUGCUGGUUGAGGAGCUGCUGCAGCAAGCCACCUGCACAGCCACUACUCUACUCUUCAAUAUAGCUACAAAGUUCAAGGAUGAUAAGGAAAAAAACAUAACAAUAUUAGGUCUAAAGGAUAUGUUCAUAAGUUUGGUGACUGCGGGCUACAUUCAGCAAGCGCCAGUAGCUGAGCUGAAGGAAGGUAGUGAGAUCCCCACUCUGAUACCUGUCGCCACCAUCGUACCAGAUCUGGACAGCAGAGCUUUGUUACAAGCCAUGAAUAAUGGGCACAUUAAUGAUAUUAAAGAUAAUAUUUAUUGGAGAGUGAACUAUGACAGAUUCCACCUUGACUUCAGGGACGAGAUCAUGAUCAAAGCUAUCACAAGGAGAAUCGAUGAAAAUGCCGGAGAAUUGAUGAGAUUUUUACUAGAGAAGAUGUACCUAACGUCAGCUCCGUGGGCGCCGGAGUCGAGUCCUCUAUGCGCCGUGGAGCUCCGCGAGAGGUGCAGGAGCGCCGCCACUGACAAACCACUGCUGCACCAGUUCGUGGACCAGUAUCUUAAAGUAUUAGAGGAGAAUGGCGCCGGGUUCGUCCGCCGCGUGGGCGACGCGGGCAGCGGCCAGUUCGCGGUGCGCGCGCGACACGCCGCGCUGCAGCUCGUGCUGGCCGCGCUCGAGCACUGCGUCACCGAGAGACUCGGCUCCAAGGCCGCGCGGAUAUUUAGGUUAAUAUACACUAAGAAGUACAUAGAAGAGGAUGACAUACAGAAGAAUGCUAUGUUGGUGAACAAGGAAUGCAAGCAGCUCACAUACAAACUGAUGGAGGAACACUUCAUUAGUGUACAGCCAAUGAGAAAACCAGCUUCAGCAGGCGGUCUGGCGAAAGCGAUAUAUUUAUACCAUGUCAAAUUACAUACUGUGGCGUAUACAGGCUUGGAGAUGUGUUACCGUUCCCUGCACAACGUACUUCGUCGCGCCGCCCACGAGCGCAGUGCGCAUGCGCGGCUGGUGGACAAGCAGCGCCGCGUGCGCACCAUAGUGCACGGCAUGCGACUGCGCGGGGAGCCGCAGCGGAAUAUUGAUGAUGUGGAAGAAACUUUAACACCCCCUGAGCAGGCCGUACUACAGGGUGUUGAAAAGAGGUUAAAACAGCUGAGCACAGCGGAAUUAGAGUUAGAUAGAAAUCUCUUUAUAUUCAAAUGGUAUUUUAUGUAUCCAUACGUUGAAUAAUUUUAUAGUUAUCUCAGCCAAAGACUGCUAAAUAUAUCAAUCAAUUCAUAAAUUAUAAUGGCUGCUUAAUGUCUUGACGAUUGCUUUUUGUUUUGAAGAAGGAAGACUAAACUUAUUAAAAGUGGUUUAUUUCUGUUUUAUGAUUUUUGUAUUUUUCUUUGGUUAAUGUGAUUUGCUUGGUAUUCUAGGAAUUUAAAAUCUGUGGCCCUAGUGAAAAGUGAUAUAAGUCCAAUUUAGUCCAAAAUGAGUUGAUUAUACAAAAAUGAUCAGAAGAAAAGCUUAAUUAUUCAAGCUGUAUAUCCAUUAUAAAUAUGUAUUUUUAAUAAGUAGUAGGGUCAAUCACGAACAAAUGGGCAGAGAGCGUUUUCUGUCUCCUAUAAAGAUGCAUUUUUGGAUUUAGAUCCUUUUUCACGAAGGCCGCGGAAAUAUUCACAUGAAAUAAGUUACAGUAUCCUUUUUCAUAAAGUUAUUUUUUCAAUUGUGACUUUUUCCAACCCAAUUCUCAGAAGUCUUCCAGUGAGCUUGUAGGUAUGACUUGAAAUAUUUAAAAAAUUGUACAUACAUAAUUAUAAUAAUGAAUUAGUUGUAAGGGAAAUGAAUAAAAAAUAGUC